UUUUAAUUUGUACUCCAUUCGGAGUUGAAGCUUACUGCAACGAGUGUCGAGGGCAGUUGUAUUUGUACCCCGUAGUUGAUAGAAAAAUCCAUCCCCACCAACGAACUAGGAACCACAUCACAUUCUAACCACAUCUACAGAGUACUGAACUCCAAAUCUCAAGCACCAAAUAAGUACAAUGCCCCAUACAACCCGCCCCAAGAAAAGCCAAAAAUCCUCCCAAAACAAACGCACAACUAUAACCGACGAUUCUGGCUGGUCGCACGUCACCACCACCACCCGCGCGCGGCGCACCUACAGAAACACAGGCCAAGAAAAGACAGAGAAAGAGAAAUUGGAACCCGCAGAAGCACCUUCAACCUUGACUCUAGAUGGUCUCCAGCAACAGUUUAAUCGGCAUCAUGAACGUUGGAUGACGUCGGAGAGUUGGAGGGUGGUGAGAGGGAUUAUUUUCCCUCUUACAUCGACGCCUACACCUGCAGAUACAGAUACGGGUGUAAAUUCUGCAAAUGCAGGAGCAGAGACAGUGCAGAUAGACAAUAUAAUCUGCGUCGGUCUCGGCAGCCCCAGCGGCUUCCUGCGCGGCGGCUGGGUAGACAGACGACAAGUCAGUCUCGUUCAAUUAGUGGCUCUCGUUAGCAUUAAAAAGCUAUUUCACCAUGUGCAGGUAUACGUCCAAGACCCCGUCUUCAACGCCCUCGACAAGAUGCUUUUCGAAUCCCUGGGGUUGACAGUACUUGACCAUCCGGCUGGUUUUGAAAAAGUGUCUGAGCGGUCAUUCCUUUUCUGUCCCGGCGCGGAGAAAGGACAUCUCGAAGAGAUUCUCGAGAAGAAACCCAAAGCCCUGUUCGGUGGUCCAUUGGAGGAUAUGAGCGAUAGCGACACCGUGAAAACAUUCCUAGAUGAAAAGAUUGGAAAGAAAGUACCGGUAUUCGAAGGCGAUGAAAAAGCAUUCUGGGGAAUGAGGGUUUACUUAUAGCACAACAUACUAUACUAUAUUUGCAUUGCAAGGUCUGUAUAUAUCGUAUGUACAUCAUAAACAAUCAUCGUAAUACCGUUACGCAAGGAAUUAUAUUUUAUGAGGCCGUCUUCCCUCCACAAUCCGGAAUC